UUGCUACGAAAACGCUAAUCAUUUAAAACUUCUCGAAAAAUUACGGGGAAAAAAAUUCGUCUACGAAGCAGACAAAGCCACUUUUUUCCGCACUAGUUUAGCCGGAGACAAAAAAGACCGAACAAUCUUCAAACAAAAUGCUGACCACCACGGAUUUAUUGCUCGCUUAAAAGGUGCUUGUCAAUUAUUAGGCUAUGACCCAGAAAGAAUUAAAAUAAUUCUCGUGCAAAUGUUAAGUUUACUUUCUCCUGCUGGGGAGGCCGAAAAAUUUUCCAAAAGACUAGGUAAUACCAUUGAAUUAGACGAAGCCUUGCAAUACCUUGAAACCGACCAACUAAAAUUUUUCUUGCUAGAAAAAGAACCCAAUCAACCGCUUUUUAUCAAUACUGAUUUACUAAAACAGAAUAAAGAAAGAACUCGGCUUUAUUAUAUUCAAUACGCUCAUGCUCGUUGUCACCAAAUCUUUCGCAAAGCCCAGGAAAAAGGAAUUACGAAAAUCGGUUCUAGCAUCAAUUUACUAGAAGAAGAAAGUGAACAAAAAAUAUUUAAUUUGUUAAUUCGUUUUCCGGGGAUAUUAGAAACUAUUGUUGCCGAAAACAAACCUCACCACCUAAUUCAUUACUUAUACGAAUUAGCCCAAGCCUGA